AUGGUGUAUACCCUUUACGAAGGCUUUGUUCUCCAGACAAAGCGGGCUUUAACCACACUUUCGCAUAUUCUUCACAAAGCCGAGGAGCAGCCCAACGCUUCCAGUCUUCCGUCCUGUCGACUCCACGACGGCAUGAAAUCACUCAGCUAUCAAGUGUUCGCGGCAACCACGCAAGCAUCGCUAGCUUUAGCUAAGCUUACCGCCGAAUCAGUUCCAACCGAAGACACGAGUAAGGAGGUUGUCUAUACAUAUGCGGAAAUGUACGCUCGCAUCGACAAAGCGCUCCUGGCCCUCGACGCGGUUGACAAAGACGUGAUCCUCGAACACUGCGAGACUGUCACGCCCGUGCUUCUGGGAGAGAAUAUACUACCUCUGUCUGGGAUUACAUACGCGUGCAUUAUGCAGGCUAACAUCUUCUUUCAUGUAUCCACUUCCUAUGGCAUCUUGCGCAAGGAAGGCGUGCUUCUAGGCAAGGUGGAUUAUAUUUUACCUUUUGUAACUUCCUGA